AGCUAUAAUAAUUAAUAACCGGUCAUAGAAUGGAACCACCUUGUUUUUCCCGACCUAGGUAGCGCUUUUUUGAAGUCGGAGAAGAAACGUUGAUGCUGUUGCGUAACCCUGCGUUGACAGCGUCGCUGCUAUCAGCCACCACAAAGAAGCUCUACAACCACCGUUAUUCUACACCUGCUGCAUUCAUGGCGUCUUCAGGUGUCGCGUGCAGUUUGCUGGUUUUGUGUGGCAAAUCACUGGCAGAGAAUGAAACUGCUAAAGCUAUAAAGACCAAUAACACACUGAAGCUCCCUGAGGAUGAAAAACUCUCACUCGUUUUGCAUUCGGAGAUGGAUAAAUCAGUUAUGCAAGGGUUUUUCCAAGUUCAUUCCUAUAUGGAUUCUCUUUCCACCAAUCAAUUUGGCAGGCUUCUCGUUUGGUCUCCAGACUUAACUUCAACACACGAUGUCGUUUCGCACAACUUUUGUGAGCUCCCCAUUGGUACAGUUUGCAUUGCUGAUGUUCAGACCAAGGGACGAGGUCGGUCGAAGAAUGUCUGGGAGUCUCCAUUAGGUUGCCUCAUGUUUUCUUUUACUAUGCAAAUGGAGGAUGGACGAGUCGUUCCUUUGGUUCAGUAUGUGGUUUCCCUUGCUAUGACAGAGGCAAUCAAGGAUAUCUGUGACAAAAAUGGGUUACCCAGCAUAGAUGUUAAAAUCAAGUGGCCAAAUGAUCUUUACUUAAAUGGCUCUAAAGUUGGAGGCAUUCUUUGUACCUCAACAUAUAAAUCAAAGAAGUUCAAUGUAAGUGCAGGAAUAGGCUUGAAUGUCAAUAAUAAGAAGCCAACGACAUCCUUAAAUACAAUUCUAAAAGGGUUCUAUUCAGGAGCUUACCAAUUUCAAAGAGAAGAAGUUCUAGCAGCCUUUUUUAACAAAUUUGAGAUAUUUUAUGAUUUAUUUCUGAAUCAAGGAUUUCAAACCCUAGAGGAGCUAUAUAUCAAGACAUGGUUGCACAGUGGACAGAGAGUUGUUGUACAGGAAAAGAAUGAGGACAAAGUGAUCGAACAUGUGGUAACUAUUCAGGGUUUGACAUCCUCGGGAUAUUUGUUGGCUGUCGGUGAUGACCAUCAAAUGUGUGAGCUCCACCCUGAUGGUAAUAGCUUUGACUUUUUCAAAGGACUGGUCAGGAGGAAACUCGAGUGAACAAAGAUUCCUUGACACAUUUCACAAGAGGCAACACUCUUGCACACUUUGUAUAUAUUACGAAGGUUUUGGCUUCAGAGUUAAGAAUUUUCCAAUAAAUAUAAGGUUUUGGCUUCAGAGCUAAGAACUUACCAAUAAAUGUCAUAUUUGUAUAAUAUAUUUUGUCAUUAGAAUUUCAGGGCUUUUGUAUUCCAUUUGUGAAUUUCCGUCAAACUUGUAAUGCCCUUUCCUUGUCCGGUCAAACAAGAUCUUCUAUACAUCAUAGCACGUAAAAAAACAUCAUGCAGUUGCAACCAAAAUAAUUACGGAUUUUUUUUUCUCUUGAUAGGACCUAGUUCAUGAUUGCUUUAGUCAAUCAUUUGUAAGGAGUAUUGUGGUCCUUCUUAGCCAGCUAUGAAAUGAUUUGAAAAGAAAAAUAACAGAAACAACAAACGUUUCUAUGAUUCAUAGUUGUGCUCAA